AUGGCUCACUUUUCAGUUCUGGGAAUCGCCCUCGCCCUAUUACCAAUCAAUGCAGCUUAUAGCUCUGGAGGCUGUUGGAAAACCCUGGAGCCUAUUCCCGUCGCCCCUCGCCAGGAACAUUCAGUUGUGGGUCUAUCAGACAGUAAACUUGCCAUUCUCGGAGGUAUAACUUCAUCCGUUGCCGAUUUCAACACGACUUCGCUAUUUCAAAUCUACGACAUCCCGUCAAACACUUGGACUACAGCCGCGGAUGCGCCUGUUCGCGUUAAUCAUCCCAAUGUCGCUGCUGUUGAUGGCAAAGUUUAUCUCCUAGGCGGGCUUUCACCCUCUACUGAUGGUGCCUGGACGGCCUUUCCGGAGUCUUGGAUGUAUGAUCCCAUCACCAAUGUAUGGAAAGAGAUUUCUCCCAUGCCGCCGGGCCAAGCGAGAGGCAGCGCAACCAUGGGUGUCAACGGCAAGAAGAUUUACCUAGCAGGGGGCGUUACGAAAUUAGUACCGGCUAUAGAUGGGGAGCAGGAUACCGUCGGUUUCGUCACCGCUUUUGAUACUGAGAGUCUGUCUUGGUACACCUUGCCGUCAGCCGCAAAAGAUCUUCCUAAUGGCAGAGAUCACGCCGGGGGCUCUGUUUUUGAUGACAAAUUCUACGUCAUUGGUGGCCGCGAAAAUGGUCAGCACAAUCUUAAAGACACAGUCUUUGUGCUUGACUUGAAUAAUCUGGAAGGCGGGUGGUGCACUAAGGACAAAAGAAUGCCUACAGCCCGCGCUGGCAUCGUUACUGGCACUGUUAACGGCAAGGUAUAUGUUUUUGGCGGUGAAGGAAAUCCUGCAGCAGGAUCGAAUGGUGUUUUUAAUCAGACGGAGGUCUUUGACACAAAAAAGGAGAGCUGGGAGCAGCUUGCACCCAUGCAUCUUCCUCGACAUGGAGGUGGAGCCGUUGCGAUUGGAAGUGGGAUCUAUGUACCAGGGGGAGGGUUACAGGAAGGAGGAAGGCCUGAUAGUACCUUGGACGUGUUCCAGCCAACGGAUUCAUUUCUCUAG